CUGCAUAAUAUUUUUUUAAAAGUUUCUCAUUUUAUGAAGACCUUCAAAAUUACACUGCAUAUUUAUGCAACUAGCAAUACCUAAUCGAAACUUUGACAGAAUAUUUUCGUUUUGAGUUAAAAGCGAUAGGUUGUUCGAUGAUGAAGAAACGCUGAUAUUGGCUUCCAAGCACACUCACUCAGAAAUUUCCAAAACAGAUAGUUGUUGAUGAUUUGUCAACAUGAAUAAGUUGUUAGACUUUGGGAGGAAAGCCCUCUUUUAUGUCAGGGUGCUUUCUGGAUAUGAAGAGCGAAGAAUACGAUCUUAUAGGCUGCAGCUUGAGCAACGUGUACAACAGGCCCAAGCAAGGAAAGCAGCCAUAAAUAAAGUACCUGAGAAGAUUAUUUUAUCUGAGGUUCGUCGAAUGGUUGAAGAGAUGCAAAAUUUGAACAAGAAGCUGGAAGAAACUGAGGCAGCCAUUGAAGACUAUUUCAAGCCUCUAGACAAGGAAGCUGAGAUUAUAAUGAAAAUGCAACUGCAAGGGGAAGAGAGAACAUCAGAGAUGAUGAUGAAGGCACUGGAGAAACAAGCUUCUCUUCAACAAGUUGAAGCAGAAAAAAAUGCAAGUAUGCAUAAAGUUGACAACCCUGAAGCCAACCUGGAUGAUGCUAAGCUGAUGGAAGAAGAGAAAGCUUUGGAGGAGACGUUGAAAGAAUUGCAACGAGAAGUUUUGCUUGAGAAAGCUGAUGCAGGAAGUUCUGAUAAUGUGCAUCAAUCAGACAAGUCUCAUAUCAAUUUGCAACCUGCAUCUACAACCACCUCUAAAUGAGGCUGAGGUUAUGUAAUUUUGAACCAUUGGCGAUUCCUGAUUUUUGGCUUUGAAAUAUAUUUCAGCUGUGCUGCUGAAAUGUUAAUCAUCCUUGGUGAAUUCAAACUAACCAAGGCAGGACUAGGGCAUAUUUGUAGCUUAUUUGUAUUACUAAUUUUGUUCAAUAAAAUUUUCAUCUUUUGAGGCGUGAUAAAAUUA